CCAGGCUGAUGUAAAAUCCGAACUGUUGAGUUAGAUUACUAGUUGGGAGUAUAGACCUGAACAAUCACUUAAUAUCUGCGCAUAAUAUACCCCCUUUGUUUUGUCUCUUUCAUGUGCCGAAAUGCAGUCGGAAUGAAUGUAAACUAGCGCCCUCUCUCUCUCCAACACUUCUCCGCUCUCCACUCAUACGCCUGCAGCAUUGAAUCCGGAAACCAUUAGCAGUCCAAAUCGCAAAACAGUAGCGUGCAAUGACACUCACCACUAGGCAGCUCCGGAAGGCUGCUCGUAUCAUCCUCAUCGGGGCGCCUGGUGUAGGAAAAGGAACCCAAACAGAAAGACUUCUCUCUAGAUUCCCGGGACUGGCCUCGAUAAGUUCCGGAGACCUGUUACGAGAGAAUGUCCGGAUGAAGUCACCCUUGGGACUCAAGGCAGAGACUGCAAUGCAAGCAGGAAACCUAGUCCCCGAUUCACUGAUCCUCGAACUUAUAUCUUCCGAAUUUAAAUUGAAGGGCUGGCUCUCGACGUCAUCGGGCUCGUCAAUUUCCACCAACGCUUCUUUCAUCCUUGACGGUUUCCCUCGCACCGCUACCCAAGCGUCCAGCUUAGAAACACUUGUUCCUAUCAAUUUCGUUGUUCAGCUUGUUACGCCCCCAUCCGUCAUUCUCUCCCGGAUAGCUUCACGCUGGGUACAUGAACCAUCCGGAAGGGUAUAUAACUCCGACUUCAACGCCCCCAAAGUCCCUGGAAAGGACGACAUCACAGGGGAACCUCUGACUCGGAGAGAAGACGACUCGAUCGACACAUGGAAGCAACGACUUCACAAAUUUGAAGAAACCAGCAAGGCUUUGCUUGAGCAUUACGAGCGCAAGGGCUGCUUAUGGCGUGUUGAGGGCAACACCAGUGAUGAGAUUAGCCCAAAGCUUUUCGCGGAGGUAGAGAAGAGGUUCUGCUAGUAUCUCCUUGUAUAAAUAUACCACCAUUCGAUACCUCUCUGUACCCUAUUUUACGAUGU